AUCGAGGUGUGAUUGACCCUUGUGUUCUUUAUAUUCAGUUAUUGCCUAGGUUAAACGAGAAAUGAUGUCUAUAGCGGUACAAUUAGUUGAGAACGUCAAAUGAAAAAUGUUUCUCCAUAUUUUACUUGGUGUGAUGUUGAUCAAAUCAACGGCUGAUUGUGUUUUUGAAGUUGUAGAAACAACCGAAGGACAGGUGCAAGGUGCUUUGGAAGACGAUGGAGAUUAUUACGCUUUCUAUGGCAUACGCUAUGGGGCUGACACUAGUGGUGUAAAUCGCUUUAAGGCUCCUAAUCCACCACCAUCAUACCAAGGAGUAUUCAACGCGAUAGACAGAGACGUGUUAUGUCCACAACCAUCAUCCGAGAACCCAGAAAACAUCAUCGGGACUGAAGACUGCCUUCGACUUAGCAUUUUCACACCUAACGACACAAAUGACAACCCAGUGCUAGUGUGGCUCAUCGGAGAAGAAUACAUGACUUCCAAUCCUCUAGAACAUUCGUUCAGAAGAUUAGUGCAAGAAAAAUUCACAGUUGUCGCCAUGAAUUAUCGAUUAUCGGUUCUUGGGUUUUUGUGUUUAGGGAUAGAAGAGGCACCAGGCAAUGCUGGCUUGAAAGACGUUAUUCAGGGUCUUAAAUGGAUUAAAAACAACAUAAAAGCCUUUGGCGGAGAUUCUAACAACGUACUGCUAUUUGGCCACGGUUCGGGUGCGGCUAUGGUUGACUUGGUAACUAUGUCCCCGUUAGCAGAAGGUUUGAUGCAUAAGGUUAUAGCUCAGAGCGGAUCUGCGAUAGCUCCAUGGGCUGUAUCGUACUCACCUGUCGCCUCAGCUUUCAAACUUGGCGCACAACUUGGGUACCGAGACAAUGAUAGACGAAUAUUAGUCCAAACCCUGAUUUCGGCUAAAAUAAGAGAACUUAUUUACCCUAUCGUACACAAUACAAGCAACGCACCAAAUGUACCUCAGUUCGCUCCUUGCAUUGAAAAUGAAAACCUUGAUCCAGAUAAUAGAUUCCUUACUGAUGCACCCCUCAAUUUACUGAGGCAAGGUACCUAUAGUAGAGUACCAUAUAUAGGAGGUUACGUUAAUAGGGAAGGAUCAGUACGCACGGAUAAGGCUGUCAAUGGAAAUUGGCUGCAGCUAAUGGACAACGAAUUUAAUAAAUUCGUUCCCAUAGAUUUGAUUUUCAGUGAUGACCUUGAAAAUGCUACUCGUACGUUCUAUUUUGGCAACAGAACGAUUAAUAUGCAAUUAAUUCAGAACUACCUCGAGUAUCACGGGGAUAUGUUGGCUGUGAUGUCUGUUAUUAGAGGAGCUGGAAUGAGGUCCAUGUCGUCAGACACGUGGCUAAUGGAAUUCUUUUACAGAGGAGGCAACGAGUCUUAUUGGCCGUUUCCUGAGAUUCCUCUAACUGGAGUUCGUCACGGCGAGAUACUUAAGUACCUACUCGAUAUUCAUUUGGACUCAAAUGAUACGCAGGUUAGCGAUUCACUAAUUGGACGGUAUAUGAACUUCGCUCGAACUGG